AUGAGCGGCUGGGGCCUGGGCUGGUUUGGCGGUGGCCAGGCGAAGAAGGAGGCGCCAAAGAAGGCCAUCCUCCAGCUUCGAGGCCAACUUGAGAUGCUGAACAAGCGGGAGAAGCACCUGCAAAACCAGAUGGACGAGCAAGAUGCGCUGGCGCGAAAACACGUUUCUACCAACAAGCAAGGCAAGUCCGCAUGCAUCCCGCUUCCUGCUGUUGUCGCUGACGCUUGCCAUAGCUGCCAAACCAGUUCGCAGAUCAUGACGCUAGAAAGAGAGAUCUACUCCAUCGAGACGGCCAAUAUCAACAAGGAGACGCUGGAUGCCAUGAAGAAUGCAGGAACCGCCAUGAAGCAGAUACACGCCGGUCUGACCAUCGACAAGGUCGACAAUGUCAUGGAGGACCUCCGCGAGCAACACGCAAUCGGCGAAGAGAUUAGCGAAGCCAUCACCUCGGGCGUCGCCUCCAACGGCAUCGACGAAGACGAACUGGACGAGGAACUCGCAGAGCUACAACAAGAAAAGCUCGACGAGCAAAUGCUCAACACUGGCAACGUGCCCAUCCACGAUGCUCCAUCGUCACAGAAGCUACCACAGGCACCAAGUACCAACCCCAAGGCACCACAGCGGGUUGAGGAGGACGAUGAAGAGGAGGAGUUGCGGAAGCUACAGGCUGAGAUGGCCAUGUAA